UCUUAUUUCUUUAGCAGACACCAGAGUGGAACAAGUCAUAAAGAACAGAAUAGAAUAGUUUACUUUGGUUUUAGAGGAAAGAUGGCUGCUCACCUCAAAGGAGAAAAAACUCAAGUUUUACCUGACUUUCUACACCUGAAUGACUUGGCAUGUGAAGUUGUAGGAGGAAAGGUUUUAUUUGCAACGGAUGAUUUUUUUGCUCCUGCAGAGAAUCUCUUAAAGAAACAGAGUCCAAUUUUUAAAGCAGAUGAAUUUACAGAUUAUGGCAAGUGGAUGGACGGAUGGGAGACAAGAAGGAAAAGGAUUCCAGGACACGAUUGGUGUAUUAUCCAAUUGGGAGUACCAGGUAUUAUCCAUGGGUUUGAGGUAAACACAUCUUUCUUUGCUGGAAACUGUGCUCCUCGUAUAUCAAUUCAGGCAGCAUGUUUGACACAAGUGGAUUUAUCAGAGUUUUGCCGAAGAGGAGACAGGAUAGGCACUGCAGCUUCAGAUGAAGAGUUUCAAGCUGUCAAGAAGGUGAAGUCAGAUGAAUGGACUCUUCUGGUUCCUAUGAAAGAGUUAAAACCAGGAUACCUUGAUACUAGCCACAAUUAUUUUUCUGUCAGUUCUAAGCAAAGAUGGACACACAUAAGGCUCAAUAUCUAUCCAGAUGGUGGGAUUGCACGUUUCAAAGUGUAUGGUAUUGUGCAGAGAGACUGGUCCGCUUCUGGUCCUAAUGACUUGGAUGACUUGGUGGCAAUGAAGAAUGGAGGUGUUUGUGUUGGAUUUAGCAGUGCUCAGUUAGGCCACCCAAGAAAUAUUCUAGGGCUAGGAAGAGCAACUUCCAUGGAAGAUGGUUGGGAAACAGCAAGAAGACUGGACCGGCCACCAGUUUUAAAAGCUGAUGACAAAGGUAUCCUCCUCAUGUCAGGGAGUGAAUGGGCAGUUUUCCGGCUGGCACAUGCUUGUGUAAUAACUCACAUUGAAAUAGACACUCAUCACUUUAAAGGUAACUUUCCAGAUACUUGCAAACUUGAGGCCUGUGUUCUGAACACACAAGAAGAAAAAAAUUGUAUAGCACAAAAAUGGAACUUUAAACAGAAUCCAAAAUGGAGCCCUUUGCUUUCUGCUACAAAGCUUAAGCCUAACAAGAGGCAUUUCUUUGAUGGUACUACCCUGCAAAUGCAGAAUGUGAUCACUCAUGUGAGACUGAUUAUUGUUCCUGAUGGAGGUGUAAGUAGGAUGCGUCUCUGGGGUUUCCCGCGGGCUCUCUUUUAUACAAACAAAUGAACAAGAAGGACUUUCUAAAAAAGACUUAAGAGUUGAAGAAUGGAUGUUCACUUUUUCCUCUAUUGUAUAAACUACACUUGAAUAGAUUCAUUGAAUGGUACACAUUCAAUAAACUAAGCAUGACUUUUUCCAAACAAUAAUUCAUACACAACAAUUCUGUAUGUAUUAUGGCUGUACAAUAAUACGAUGACUUCUGAGGUCCUACGAAUAUAAUGAAAGUAAUAUAUUUUUGUGUAAAUAUAUUUUUUGAAAAAAAUCAGUGAUAACACUGUUGGGAUCUGUAAAAAUUAAUAGUGGUCUGGGAUUUCUAUACAUUAGUGGUUAAAGGAUCCAGCCACCGCAGGCAUUGCCCUCUAAGCAUGUUUUCCCCCUUUGUCUUUGCAGCCUAGAAAGAUAGUUACACUGAGCAGUGUCAUUGUUUAGUCUCAUUACUUGCUCUGUAAAAACACUUUUGGGGUCAGAGCUUUUUCCUCACCACCCUGUAAACUGCUGAUUAAGACAGUAUGUAACGCUGAUUUAACUAAAAACCAGUAAACAAUAAACAGGGGAGGGUAUAAUUGUAUUCAUCACCUGCUUAUUAAUAUUCAUCAUAUGGGAAUUAUCUUUGCAAAAUAAUGAUUUAGGGAGAGUAGUGAUAGAUGUGUGAAUUAACAUACUAAAAUGGAUAAAGGAGUGUAACUGGUGCCAAAUCAUUGCCACUCGGAACACUGUGUUGGGGGUCCAAGGUAAACGUGCAUCAGCAAUAAAGUAGUCUGUUUACCCCAUCUGCUCCUGGUGCCUGUUUUUUCUCUAAGAAAUACAGCACACUCCUAGGUGAUCAUAGCUCAUCCAUGUGAGCAUCAAAUUAAAGACCACUCCAUAAGUCCACUAAUUGUCCUAAAAUACUCUGCCUGUAGUGUCUUACUGAUGAAAAGAAAUUCCAUUUUAAAAUAAAAAAUAAACCAUAGAUACUAUGCAGGCGAUGCUUUGUUGUUAUAUCUGACUGUCUUAAUUACAAAUCAAUCAAAAAGUUCCACUUAUGUUCUAUUGCUUUCACUUAUGUCUUCAUUUCCCAUACAUAGCCAUGUCAUAAUUAUUCAUUAUAUAAAUUAAGUAUUCAUAAGCAUCUCCACAGUCUAUCUUUAAUAUUAAUUACAAAGUGCUCUCCUGCUUGAUUUUGCCAGGAUUCCAACCCCCAAGAAGAGAUACUGGUUGUAUUUCUCUGUCAACCUCAAGUUUGUGUGUAUGUCAAUAUAUUGGUGGAAUUUGGAAGCAUAUUUCUUUGUAAACACACACUGUGUGAUUUUAACCUUCCCUUUUCCUUACGCUGUUUUGCUGUAAUGUAGCACAAUAUUGUUUGUUUCUGUACUAGUGUACGCUAAGAUUUUUGAAAUAGGGUGCUUAAAGCUAUGUUUCUAAAUCCAUAUUUAGCAAUGAAAUCAAUGACCUGAUUUUCAAAAAUGCUGAGUAUUCCAGAGUUCUUUUUUAUGUCAAUGGGAGCUCUUGGGUGCUUGGCACUUAAAAAAAACAGGUCACUGAUUUAAGUGCUUAAACAUGGCUUCAGAAGCAAUAGCUCUAAGCAUCCAGGUUUGAAAAUCCUUAUCCCAGAGUCUAUUGACUGAGGCAACAUUUCUUCUGGAGAGGAAAAUGUGCUCAGCAUGGAGCUGAUUCCAUAUGGCAUGGUGAGGCUUUUUGUGUGAUGGCACAUGAGCAUGGAUAUACUGUAGAUAGGGAAAUGAUGGCCCCACAUACUGCUUUGUUUUCCUUAUUCUGGGCAUACACUUGCCUUGCUCCCUACUGUAGCCCAGAGGUGAAGAGUAAGAUAACUGAUAUGGGUAUGGCUUGUCUAACCUGACUAGAAGUUUUUAGGUCUGUCCUCCUACCCUAGGUCACAGAGGUUGAGCGCUCUGAAGCUCUAUUUAUGGAGGCAAAUUUGGGGACUCACAACAGCAGUCACACUUACAAUGUGGAUAGUACCAAAUUAAAACAAUUUUUAUUAUGACUGGUAUUAGGAUGGAAAACAAUACAAAACACACAGCACCGAUCACACAAAUUGAUUCAAUCACCCCAGAGGGUAGCAUUAACAAAGUCUGGCUCUAUAGUAGUAGUGAUCUAAGUAUACAGAUAUAACUACCUAGUGUAGUACCAUACUCGCAUACCCUCUUCCAGGAAUUGGAAG